AUGCAUAUCGAAGACAUCAAAGAAUCUCAUCUUGCAGCCGAUGCUGGUUUUGAUCACUCAAUUGAAAUACCUUCAACAUUAUGCAACUCCUUACAAAAAAACUAUCAGGAAUUGAAGUAUUCGUUCAAUUCUUCAUUAAUCGAUAGGAUUCUUGAUUCCUUUUGGAUGAUAAACAAAAAAACUGCUGCAAUGUCAAGAGCAGAAACUUCUUCAUAA